CCCUGCGCAUGCGUCAGUGUGGCUGCGCGGGCGGCGGUUGGAGCGGAGAGCGCGGCGUCGGCCAUGACCCAGCAGGGCGCAGCGCUGCAGAAUUACAACAACGAGCUGGUCAAGUGCAUCGAGGAGCUGUGUCAGAAGCGAGAUGAGCUGUGCCGGCAGAUCCAGCAGGAGGAGGACGAGAAGCAGCGGUUGCAGAACGAGGUGAGGCAGCUGACGGAGAAGCUGGCCCGCGUCAACGAGAACCUGGCGCGCAAGAUCGCCUCCCGCAACGAGUUUGAUCGGACCAUCGAGGAGACCGAGGCCGCCUACCUCAAGAUCUUGGAGAGUUCUCAGACGCUGCUCAGUGUCCUCAAGAGAGAAGCUGGGAAUCUGACCAAGGCCACAGCCUCUGAUCAGAAGAGCAGUGGAGGCAAGGACAGCUGACAAGCCCGAGCAGACUGGGCCAGUCUCUGCUGUGUCCCAGAUAUGCCCCCCCCCAUCUGUCUUAAAACAUUGUGCUUUGUGGCAGAUACCUUCUCCCGUCUUAGGUGCUGGGAGGGGCAGCUGCCUUGAGUGACAAGGUGGGGGGGGGGUGUUUACGACCUCUGGACUCACAAGAGCCACGAGGACCGAGUUUUCCAUGUCAUCUCCCCCAGGGACCUUGGAAGAGGCCCUGGGUCAGGCACAUCCUGGCUCCAGACUUGUUGGUGUGGGAGUCCCUCUUUGUCCCCUCUUAGCCAAUAGGCACUGAGGCCAGGCAGGUGGGGAGAGUGCCUCCUUAACCCAGGACCCAAACCUCAGGGCCCACCCCGUGGUCAGUUGUCAAUAAACGUUUUUUUU